UGAAGUGGCUCUACCGCCAAUCGGCAAGGCUGAAAUGAGCACAAAUGAGCGAUGUAGAUCGCGAGUCACUUCUACUUGCGUUGCCUGCAUAUAACAAAUUGUUUCUGUUUGGUCGUGGGGAUCGACAGCAAAGCUGAGAAACAUAAAUAUGCCACGCACCACCAUCGCAGUUAGUUUCAACACUCUGCUGCGGUCGUCCUGUAUCCAAAAAAUAUCUGUCUACUAUGCAAACAAGAACACAGAUUUACAUCAAAUUGAUACUUACGCUUACCGCAAAACACGAUAGCACAUCGUGAACAUGAAGUGGUUCCUCCGCACUUGUUGCAUAAAGCCGGUCCACCGAGCCGUGACGCAACCCUUAAAGCAUCCCAGGCACCUGAUUUUCCUGUUUUCUCUCUAUUUCGCACUGUUGAAUGCCGAGCUGUACCUGGGCCAAAGCUACUUCUCCAGCUUGUCCAUUGUGCCGCCGCAAAACUUCACCUGGUUCUGGACCGAGGACGUCGGGGAGUCGCUGAAUUUGCAGAUCAUCAUCGCCACCACGAUCUUCUACACUCUCUUCUACAUCUUUGCCAUUGCGGGGAUCCUCUGGUGCAGUUACUGCAUGGCACUGUAUCUGCUACUCAGAGUCUUGGUGAAGUGCGGGGGCGGUUCUGGGUCUGGUCGGCGCGGGCAAGAACGACUGAGGCACAAAUAUCUUAGAGGGAACAAGACUACCAGCAGCUGCGACCCUUCUGACGAAAAUUUUUCAUCAUCUGGUCGCGAAAAUACUUCCAGCUUGUACAGCAACAGUAGCGGUUUAUUUCCCCUUCAACAAGAGCAACAGUUGAGGCAAAGGGAGUUACAACAACUUCCUACUUCUGGUAGUUCUAGUACGGCGACUGCUGCAGCUUCCAACGGCAUGAUUAAUUACACAGAUGGAAAGAACGAAAAUUGCAGCCCAUUGGAAUUACAGCAAACUACGACCUCGUCAUUGUCCACAAUUACCCGGUUGCAACAGCAUCUCAACAAGCAGAUUGCGGCUUUGCUCCACCGAGCCAACGCACAGACCCUGACCAAGUUUUUCUUCCCUCUGUUCGCACUCCUCGCCGUUUGCGCCAUUUCGGUGGUUGCGCGGAGCAGUUGGGAGCUCUCAAACUGGUUGGCGGAGGGAGAUAUUGAGAUGAAGGUGCUGCAGUAUCCCGUGCAAAUACCCGUGAGCAACCACAAUUCGCCGGGAACUACAACUUCCUCCGCCUACAGUAGCAUAGCUGCGAAUGCCUACAGCGGCGCGACGAGGAGCGCUGGUUCGAACGAAAAUCAAUCGAAUUAUGUCGACACCAGCAGAAGUAGUGCUUCAAACACGAACACUUACCGCACUGAGCAGCGCACCACGAUCGAGCUUUACCAGCAAGCCGGAGUUUUGGGAGAAGAUGGCGAGGAAAACUCUUCUGCCGGCGGCGAACGACGAGUAACAAUUUCGCACGCACUGGUUUCUCCCCACGGCAUCAGAAAAGCCUACGGAAGUCGUUACAUGCCCUCGAGCUUCUUUCUCCCGUUUGCGGUGUACGAAGGCGGAGGUGAUGGAGAGCAGAACUUUUUCUUGCGCUUGGGAAUGGUUUUAUGGAAGGCAAUCGUAGAAUUUCUGCUUCCGUCUCUGAUCCACCUCGUUUUCCCGUUGGUCCUUUUCCUGAAAGCGCGCCUGCAGUGGUCGCAGAUGCAGGUUUUGAACUUUUGCGACGGAACAAAUAAGGGCAGCUGUUUGUCUGCGUUUUCUGCUGUAGAGGAUGGCUCUUACAGCGGCCGGGGAGACGAGGGUGAGGAGAAGCUGCUGAACAAUCAGUCCGCGACCCGGGUGACAGCACGCCCUGGUGGAGAGGCGGCCUACGACUACACCGGUGAUGAAGAUACUAUCGAGUCUGGGGGAGGUGGGGGAGGCCAUAAUCCUGCUCUAUCGGUCCGGGAGAUGAGGGUCAUGCAGUCGGAUUUAGAACUCAACCAGGUCGUGGCGAUCGACGAUCGUUUUUUAUGUCGGGACAACAGACAACAGGAGUACCACAGAGGACUGGAGCAAGCAUCAUACUUUCGAGGCGAAGAUCCGUCGAGAGCAAAUGGCCGAUCGCUUGAUAUUAACGAAGACGCGGGUCCUCGUCCGACGUGGCGCAGGUACCUUCAACGUCUGCGAGCCUACGCGGCACUUGCGCGAAGAUCUGUUUCGGUUUUGCUGGCGCCUUUUUUCCGACUCACGGAAAUUGUUGUUUCGAGACACGGGAACAGAAUCCGGCUGGGAUUGCUCCACGCGACCACCAUUUUGAAUGACUUUGAUCUGCAGGAGCUGAUGCGCGAAAACACAGCCACGUUCUGUGCCAUGCUGAAUUCAAAUGAUUUUCAGCUGCUAGAGGGGAGGAACUUCUCCAAGGAUAGCUGCGCAGGGGCAGGUCCAAGUGGGGAUGAGAGGGGCAAUACCAAUGAACGGGCGCUCGUGAAUGCUGACAGCGCGCCGAAUUCUGCCGGAGUAGGUGGACUUGUUCCACCGCAUUCGGCUCCUAAUGCAACUCCUGGCAGAAGUGCCAGUGGUUUGACCCUGAUUACCGACACGGACCGCAGUCACGGACAGUCGCAACCAUCAACAUCUUCGUCCGCCACUGGAGCAAUGUACAAUCAGACCGCGAUGGCGCGCCGGAGCAUCAGCUCGCCAACGUCUCCCGGUCGACCACGGAUGGAAAACCUGCAUUCGCCGGGCUUGCUCGGCACCAGUCCGGAUGUUGAGCAGUCCUUGCAGCUUCUCGCACCCGAAAGCGCGUCGACUUCGCCGUCCGCGUAUGCACUGCAAAAGUAUAUAUCGUAAUCGUACUACUAUUCCAAAUCGCAUUCCAAAUUUUCUUUUUCUGGCGAACGAAAAUCCUGCAACUUGUCACGUUAGAUCAUUCAGGUCGAAAAAUGGACCUGUCACGCACGACUGCGACUAGUACGGAUGCGAUACUUUUGUAGAGGAUACCGUGGCGAGGGCGAACGGCACUCGGACACUCUCUAACGUGGUGUCAGGAGGCGCCAGCGCAACUGCCACUAGUGCAACAGGAGGAUUGGAGGUUUUGAACAAUCAGGCUGAUGUUGCUAUUGACAUACUCCUUUCAACCGACGAUGCACGAAGAUCCAACUCCGCCGGGGCGCACACUACCCCAUCCGGUGCCGCAGGAGUUUCAGACAGCAGCGCGAUGAUCACCCUCUUGUCCACCCCAGUCGGCAAGUUCACGGUGUGCAAGCGAAAGCUGAAAAAGAUCCUCCGUGCGCUGCUGCUGGGUUACCUUUUUGUCGGUAUCCUGCUUUUCAUCGUUGGCCGCGUCGCGCUCUACCCCUUGGCGUUCGACCGAAUUCACUUCGUUCCCCGGCAAACUUAUGAAUUGCAAAAGUAUCGUACUCCUACUCGUAUAAAUGCAUUACAAAUUUCCUCAGCGUGAGAGAUAAAAUUUCUAAUGCUGAUUUACCCUUCUAAGAGAAGGAUUUGCAAUGCAUGAUUGCAAUACGAGUACGAUACUUUUGCACAGGAUAAAACUGCUUUCUUGUUGAUGAACUCGCCAGAUUACAAGUGGCGCACAAUCUAUCGCAAGGAAAAAGAAAAACUGUUUCACAGUGAACUUGUGAUGCAGAGAAUGGAGCACAGAACGAUUUGUCUUGCUACACCUGCAAGAUGUUGGAUUUUUUAGCGUGUUUUCCCUUGGGAAGCGCACAUGGCAAAUUUUCUGUGUCAUGUGUAACAAACUUGUGAUGCAGAUCUUGCAAGAUCAUCACAGUGAAGCACUUUUUUCGUGGGAUACAAUCGCCAGGCGGUAUCUGGGCUUGCCGAUCGUAGAGCCUGAACAGGAGCAGGUCGGAAGUGCAACAGGAGCAUCUUCGAGUGGUGGAAUAGUAGAAGAACAAAGUGCACUAAGAAGUAGUCACGACACGAUGUUGGCCAGUGAAAACAGCAAUGGAAUGAACAAUGAUCUCGCAGCCUACUCCUGCGACAGAGUUGUCCUCCGCACUGGAGGCAGCACAGGACGUCCCGCUGAUCUUCCCACCGUUGAACAGGCGCUGUCUCCUGGAGCUUCCGUUUCGUGCAAAUUUUCCAAGGCUACCAGUCGAAAAUCGGCCCGGGCCCCUCCCGCGGCUUACUUUUUCUUCCACGGCAACGGCGCAGGAAUUUCGCACUCAUUCAACGACGCAUUUCAGGUGGCAAAUCGCAUUCUGCUGAACGAGGAACCAAUGCAACGAGGUGUGCACGACCGAUCCUCAGCCACCAGAACAAGCGCGACCCCCUCCUCGUCUGUGACCACCUUUCUCCACACGUAUCCGGGCUACCGGGCCAACAUCGGCGACACCGAGCAUAUGAGAUUGCGCAAAUUCAGCUCUAUUUCCCGCCCUCAUUGGUCAUACAAAGUUCCAAAUUUACUGGUUGACGUUUUCCGCCACUGCAUGCGAUGAAGUUCGGGGACGACCACGCCAAACAGCACUACACUCUGCGUGUGCAUUUGUCAAGCAGAAGCUGCAGUGGUCUACUUACUUACUUCUCACUGUUGCGGUUGCUUCCGUUACUGUACACGCCAUGCAAAGACGGGGGAGAUCGAGCUGUGCACUCGGAUAGGCCACGUUAUGAGCCCAGUGCAUGUGCAGGAGAGGGCCGCGGCGCUGCUAGCGGAGGGAAUCAUGCAGACAGUGGAUGGCGCCGCUGGUACAAACGAACGAAGAGAAACACACGACCCGUUAUCAUUGCCAAAAAUCAUCGUCCAUGGGGUUUCCCUUGGCUGCAUGGUAUUGACCGGCGCCUUGAAUUUGUUGAGUGACGUAAUUGUCUCCAAAAUUACCCACGUCGUCCUGGAAGCGUGUUUCGAUUCAAGCUAUAACAUCUUCUUGCGCAAAACGCAUUUCUUCACCUAUCCGUUUGCGCCUUUCUUUUUCCCCGCACGGCAUGGGCCCGAGAUAUGCAUUGCACACAAAUCGCACUGGUAUCUUUAUCUAUACAUCGCAUCACAAAUCAAAAAUGCAGUUUGUCAUUCUGGAUCAGGUGGAAAGUAAACUCAUACUGCAUGAAGUGGCUGCAAUUUAUAGAUACCAACAUACGAGUGCGAUACUUUUGCACAGGAUAAGAGAGCACCAUCGACAAUCUUGCGAGGUUUGUGGGGCAAAACGCGGAGAAGUUUCAACAACUUCCUCAGGAGCAGAUAUGAGAGUGCACAAUUCCACCUCGUUGUUCAAAACACGACCAACUCGAUUCUGUAUCUCUGCCUCUUUGCCGUUGGUAUGCACAAGGACAGGCUCUCAAACAGACCUGUCAUCCUGUGUGACGUAAAAUUUGGCAUGCAGAAGACCCUGCACUCUUGAUGCCGGCGCCGCUUGUAUUGCUGCGGAUCAUGCCCUUCAAGAAAUGAGAGAGAGGGGGAGCUUUGUGCGCUGUCAUACGAGAUGAAGGAGAACAUGGUGAGCAAUCUGGAUGCUGUUGAGCUUCAGGGCGGUGGUCGAACAAGUUCCCAAGAAAGCACACAACGUCGAAAAAUGCGCAUAAAAAUCAUUGAGAAGGAACUUGACGAAGUGGUGUAUGCGGACAUGUCCAGUGACAUUGCGGCGGCUGUGACAUCGGUUUUGACGGAAAAGCAAAUCUCGUAUAAUGAACCCAUUUUGUUGGUCCAAAGGCACGGGAGCCACAACCAACUAAUUGUCAACCUGGACGAUGUACCAACUACAAAAGUAUCGUACUCGUACACGUACAAAAUUGCAUUUUCCAGGAUGAUAUAUAGCCUGGCAACUGUCCUUACCUUUUGCUUUUUCGGCAUGACUAUUCAUAAAACGAAAUUCAUUUUAUUUGUUGUUUGUUUUGGAAAUUUGUCAUGGAAUUUGCACUCCUACGAUACUUUUGAAAUGCAUACGGUGACAACGAAGACUUUCUGACCUUCAAACAAUUUCUGCUGAAAUGAAAGUGUAAGUGAUACUGAUAACCCCGCAUUUCAUAUAUCAACAACCGUAGAAAUGCCACAAUUUCAUCUUACCGCUAUGGUGCGUAGUUACUCGGCACAAAAAAAACAAUGUGUUGAUGUUGUUCGUGUCCGAGUCCAGCGACCAAGAUGAAGAUCAAGAUACAACGCCACGACAGGACUUUGACUACUUUCUCCUGAGCCGAAGUUUUUUGAUGAUUUUUUUUCUGUGGAAUGCAAACAACAAAAAUACAAGAAGG